AUAGAAGUGUAUUGUCAUAAAAAUCAUAAUUAGUGAUUGUUAAAGCUGAUAUCUAGAGUUUUUACCCAAUUUGAUGAAAUUUUGCUCUCGGAGAACCCCACUUCCGGCUUCCGGAAGACGUGGCCAGCGUGACGUCACUACGAACCUGAGGCCGGCGGUGUCCCGAAUGUUUCACAAGUUUCCACAAAUUUCCUCCCGACUUGACGUCUGUUCGCGGGUUGACUGAUGCCGUGUGCGGUCCGCGUGUACUGGGUCCCGUACAGGCACAGCUGAAGGCAUAGCCGAUACUGCAGCAAUUUGAGCAAACCCCACAACAGCAGAACGCAGAGUGUAGAGUUGGAUCAACACUGCACAGUGUGCCGGCCUGAACUAGAGCUGAGAAACAGCCUUCAAACACCUCCCAACAAGUCGUUCCUUACAUUCAUGGACUGGAGGACAGAGGAGUUGGUCUGUAUGCCGUUUACUGUCACUUCCUCAUCUUUGGUUCCGGCCCUUCUCAAUGACGACCAGGAGGCGUAGGUUUGAUUCCGGCGGCUCGAGUAACGGUAACGGAGGAGAACGGACUUCUGUUUCCUCCCCGACGUAUGUGGUGCCGUCUGCGGAGAUGUCGUGUCGAGAUAGGACCUCGGAGUUCAUCUCCGCUGUCAAGUCCAUGCAGAUGAGACAGGGAGCUGCCCUGAACAGGCCUGUGUCCAGAGAUUUGAGGCAAAGGAGUGAUUUUUCACACAGGGCAAAGAGGAUCGGACGAGACAUCGCCAACACAUUUGCCAAGUUAGAAAAACUUACAAUACUGGCCAAAAGGAAAUCCUUGUUUGAUGACAAACCUGUGGAAAUCCAAGAGUUAACAUAUAUCAUAAAACAGGAUAUAGCUAGUCUUAACAAACAGAUUGCAGAGUUGCAAGAGUUUGCACGUUCAAGGGGCAGACAAAAUGGCCGCCAUGUCCAGUCACAUUCCAACAGUGUGGUGGUAGCACUGCAGUCAAAGCUGGCCACAAUGUCCAAUGACUUCAAGUCAGUGUUGGAGGUUAGAACAGAGAACCUAAAGCACCAGAGGUCCAGAAGAGAACAGUUCUCCCAGGGCCCUGUCUCCUCCAGCAUGCCUCCAUCCACGUACAGCGCACCCAACGGAGAGGCGGGAGGGUCCAUCCUGUUACUAGACGAGACCAAGUCUCUCCAGUCGGGUGAGGUGGCCAUCGACAUGGACGCGCUUGAGAGACAGAGACACCAGAGGCAGCUGCAACUUGUGGAGGAGGAUGAUGCGUACAUCCAGGAGCGAGCGCGGACCAUGGAGAACAUCGAGUCCACGAUAGUCGAACUGGGCUCCAUCUUCCAGCAGCUGGCCACCAUGGUGAAGGAGCAGGAGGAACAAGUACAGAGGAUUGACGACAACGUGGAAGACACGGUACUGAAUGUAGAGGCGGCUCACGGAGAGAUCCUGAAGUAUUUCCAGUCCAUCUCCUCCAACCGCUGGCUCAUGAUCAAGGUGUUUGGAGUGCUCAUCGUCUUCUUCAUCAUCUUCGUCGUCUUCUUGGCGUGAGGAGGGACCCGUCGCCAUGGCAACGUCACACGCUCUGUACAUUCGUCUGUGAUAGAGGCCGCGCCAAUUUGAUUCGUUGGUUUUGGGGAUUUCUGCUCCCAUCCCACUAGGGCAGAGACUUUGCUGCAACUGAGUGGUUUGAUGCGCCCAACAAAUGUCGCAGAUGAAAAACUGUUCAAUUUAUGCUUCUUAUGAUUAGUUGUCUUUUCAAUUUCAGUGAUGCUUUUACAUUUUGCAUGAUAUUCCAAUUAUAUGAAGUCAAGUGAUAGAAUCCAACUUAGGUCACAGCGAGGGCGCCGUCUAGUGGAAUGGGGCCCUUUGAUAUGUUAAAUUGGAAAAACAUAAUGAAAACAAAGCUUGAGGACCCGUACAAGUCUUACAUGUUUAUGGAGUGAAUACAGUCAUGUGCAAGUUUUCCCCUGGCCCUCUGCUUUUAUAAUGUCUGCUUUCUAUAUUUUUCCCUGAAAAUGUCCAAGAACCAUUGAAAUGGACUGAUGUGGCCUAAGAGUAGCCAUGUUACUACCUGUCGUGUCUGGAAAUAAAAAUGGGUCUGCCUUGUAGUGUUUAGGUUCUACCGUUGUGAAGAUAUAAAAUGCAUAUCUGGGUACAACUUUCCCUCCGGCAAACAGGCUGAUGAAAUGGUGCUGCGAUCUUUUUAACAGUCCCUUUUGUACGGAGACUAGGAGCUAGGGGGACAAAACAGUAAAACUAGGAAUAAAUCGUAGCUUUGCGCCUCCACAGUUUACAAUACCAAAAGGAGUUGUUUGUACGAAACUGUGGUAGAGCCAUCCUUAAAUGUAAGAGGCAGAAGACUGUUGGGUGAAUAAGAUACAUCAGAUGUAAUGUAAAAGAAAUUUGUGUUGGCGCAAAACUGUUGAAAAUCAACAGUGAUAAUGCCACAAUUAUCUAUUAUUUUGCAUCAUUGGACAUCAUCACUAAACAUAUAGGUAUAUUUCACCUAUAGCUCUAUCACCAUUUCUAAAUCUAUGUGUUGGCUUGUACACUUUUGUCCAUUCUACAUAUGCCUUUCUUAGUACUGAAAGUUGUGACAUCUUUUAUAAGAUAUUUCAUGAAGGCUCAGUAUGGAAAUGGCAGAUGCAUGCAAUAUGGAAUAUGGCUUUCUCUCCGCUGUAAAACUGAAGUGAAUUUUCUUGUUGCCACCUGUGACAAGUUUCAGUCAUGGGGAUUAUAAUGACCUAAAAAAAGGUGGUGUAUGUAUACAAGAUACUAUCUCUGGAAAUACAAGACAAAGUAUGUUGUGAGUCUUGUUGACAAAAUAAAUUUUGGUGUAAAAAGAACUUCCCUGUACAACUUUAGUGUCAGGGUAUUCAGUAUAGAAAAAUAAAUCAUGGGUAGUACAUGUAUUCAUAUUUAUUGUUCAAUUGCCACUGUGUGGUGUUGUGGUGUCUUCUUCCAUGAUGUGCUGGGUUCAUAACACAGUUAACAAUGUGGAAGAUGCACUGUCCUGUGUUCUGGGGAAAAAACACCAGCAAAUGCUUGGAAGGAAUGGAUAACCAAGAGAUUUUAGCCAUUUUGAGAAUAAGAAUGAUUUUGAAAUGAUAUAAGCUAAACUGAGUGUAUUUGGUGCACGUAGCGUGGAGACAAAAUUAGCCAUGGACUCAGUUCACAAUUUUUAUGUCACAAUGUAUUUGUUAAGUAAUGCAUGGAUAAGAUGGGAGACAUGUCAAAUCUUGGUCAGGAAGUACAGUAUGUAUAAUUUCUAUAGACUGCUUGUAUUGCCCUGUACAUGUGCUAAGAUCCCUUUCUAUAAUCAAAGGUAUGGAAAUAGUUCAAAUUAUUUGCUCUUCAUCUGCAAAUGUCCCUGUGUGACUGUAUUAUUGUGAGGACGCCAUGCUGCUUGUGGGAAGACGUAAGAGGGGGAGUUAAAGGCAACCUAAGCAAUAUUAGAUCGUUGAAAGUGGAAAUAAUCGGGAUAAAGUUGACAUCUAAUGAACUAUUUUAGCACAUUUACAUCAUUAUUUCAUAAAUUGAGCCGUUAAAAACGGCGCAGAAACAAGUCGCACGAGGAUUCCUGAUCAAGUCUUAAUUUUGGGGGGUUCCAAUAAUAAGGAAUAUCCUGGUGCGACUUGUCUCAAGGCCAUUUUAACCGCUCAAAGUAUGAAAUAAGGAUGUAAAUGUGGGAAUAUAGUGCAUUAGAGCUCAACAUCAUACAGAUUGCCAGAAUAUUUCCAUUUUUAACGCUACAAUAUUGCUUAGGUUACCUUUAAGGUCUCGACUAUGUUCUUCUAUGGUUCCUCCCCUUGAGAGGCUGCAGUAGCCGUCAGCCAGUCUACGUAGUUGCCCUGAUAUGUUAUUAAGUUUCGACACUUGUCAUCUAACAAACGUGUAAUUAUUGGCUGUACAUCCGCCUGUAAAUAUUAAAGAAUGACAAUUCCCUCGCAA